AUUUUAGGGCGUCUUUGACUUUUUUGUCCCUUAAUUGUAACAAUUUUAAAAUCAGGCAUGAGGGUUGAUGAACUCAGUGUCAUUGUUAAUGCACCAAAGAGGUGGGAGGUAACACACCCUCUCUUUUACACACAACCAUGACAACCAUGAAUGACGCUCUUCAGGAUCCACACUGCAGUGCUGCAGCAGCAGGGAGGGAGGGAGGACAUGAGGGAGGACAUGGGGGAGGAGGGGAGGUGAGGACGUGAGGACAAAUCACUUUAGGAUAAAAGUUGCAGCAGCAGACAUGAAAGCGUCCACAGAAGGGUCAGGAGAUUUUCCUCUCUGAACGGAACGAGUUGUUCUGGAGGAUUUCCUGACAGGUGCACCUGCUCAAUGAAGUAAAUCUACAUCGAAUCGACUUCUAACUUAGGAUCAACGCAACUGAAACACCCGGCAGAAAGAUGACAGCUGCCACGAAGCUCCUGGAUGAGAUGUGCCACCUGACGGCUCAGUCCCUCACAGCCAUGGACACAUCCGAGCACUUCCAGGUCCUAAAGCUGCUGGGGGAAGGCUCGUAUGGAAAAGUCAUGCUGGCCGUUCACAGGAAGAGAGGUACUCCGAUGGCUCUGAAGUUCUUCCCUCGCGAGUCCACCUCUCUUUUCUCCUUCCUGAGGGAGUACAACCUUUCGCUGUCGUUCUGCACCCACCCGUCUCUGACCAGAGCUCUGGGCAUCGCCUACUCCACGCCGUCGCACUACGUCUUCGCUCAGCAAGUCAGCCUCUUCGGCGAUCUCUACGACGUCAUCCUGCCCGAGGUGGGAAUGGAGGAGGACUGUUGUCAGAGGGUGGUGUCUCAGCUGUGCGGCGCCCUGUCCCACCUGCACUCCCUCGGUUUCGUCCACAGAGAUCUCAAACCAGAGAACGUCUUCCUGUGCGACUCGGCCUGCCGCUGGGUCAAACUUGGAGACUUCGGCAUGGUUAAAGCCAGAGGAACCAAGGUCCCGGAGGUCUGGUACAGCUCCCCUUACUGCCCCCCUGAAGCCGAGAUCGCUCGAGAUAAUGAGGACAGCUGGAGCAGCGUGAGUGACGGGAAUGAGGCCUCAAAGGAGGAUGAGGAUGAGAAGAAGAUGAAGAAGAAGAAGAGGGUUUGGGUGUCUGUGGAGCCCAGCGCUGACAGCUGGGCGCUGGGUAUCCUGACGUACGCCAUGCUCACGGGGAGUCACCCCUGGGCGGAAACAGCCAACGACUGCCGCUCAUACCUGAAGUAUCUCGAGUGGUUUGACAGAACUAGGGGUCCAGACGACGAACUGGACGUCUGGGCCGAGCCGCAGACGGAGGCAGAGCGGGAGACGUCCGGUUUAACCGGAGCAGGACUGGGCGCCAAGGAGCGUCCUCCCACAGCUCCUCAGUUCGCGUGUUUCACCCCGUUGGCCUGCUCCUUCUUCCAGUCGCUCCUCGACCCGAGGCCACGUCUCCGGGGGCGACCGGAGGACGCGCUCAGUUACCUCGGAGGAGACUGGAUGAUGGAGAAGGAGAGGCUGAGGCUGGAGGAGGAGAGGAGGAAGAGUGGAGGGAAAGGAGCGAUCAGAAACAUGAAAGAGAUGGAGGGAAGAGGAGAGAGAUGAACUGGAUCAAGUUAAUCCUGUAAAAUAUUAGUGUAGCAUUUCAAAAAGUCAUUGUAGUAUUUAUUUAUUCCUUUAUUAAGCUAAAAUUCUUCAGGCUUCAGCUAUGUCAAUAUUAAAUAUUUGACUUUUAACCUUUUAACUACUACUAAAACCAGCCCAAAUACUUGCUUUGACUGGCUCUACUGAAAUGUAAAAUACUAGGAAAUUAAAUCAAUAAUUAACAUCUCAGUCAUUCGGUGUAAACUGGACGAUUCCUGGUGAUAACAGCCUCUGUAGCAGCUCAUAAAUUACAUUUUACUGUAAGCCAGACCUAUGAAAACCUCACCACACAAUUAACCUCUUCAAACUUUAGGAAAGAAACUUUGGAAAAAACUAAAAAAAAAUCCCCUUGUUAAAGUAAAGCAAUCUGGUUUACGGGAAACGGAGGAACUGGCAGAAACAAACAGCUGUUACUGGCAAUUUGAACAACUGAAAACAUUUCCUACAACUCUGAGAGCGGAUUAUAUUUCAGAUUUGAGAUGAUUUGAAGAAUAGUGUCACAGCUGCUGCUGUGGGGAUUAUUUGAAUUAGCUGUGCCUGUGUAAAGAUAGCUCCCUUGGCGAUUGUGUAAUACUUUGUAGUAAGUCAUGAGCUGUAUAUAGACCAGAGAGGAGCAGCCAUAAACAUGUCUGAGUGCCAGGUUAGACAGGGUUUUUUGUUUUGUUUUGUUUUGUUUUUUUGACUUAAAGCGUACAACAAAAAAUGCAUUUGAGCCUUUCUGGAAGUAAAAAAAAAAAAUGUUGGUCUCAGUGUCACUUUUCCAACUUUUAGCUAGUAAAGUUUUUAUUUUAAUAGAUUGUAACUGUUGUAGCAUUUCUGUGCAGAACUACAAUCAUCUAUUCUCAUAUCUCACGUUUGAAAGGUUUGUUCAUUCUCACUUAAACUAUGUAGCAUUUUGUACAAAAUCAUAUUUACGCUUAGGGCCGAACCUGGUAAGAUCCCAAAUUGCGUGUACUAAUUUGCGUGUGCAAUGUAAAAUUUUGCGUGUGGGCUGGAAACUGCGGUUUGCGAGUGAUUUACUCAGACUGAUUGCGUAAAUGACGGCCGGGCGCAAACAGAUGCAUGUAAAUGAGUGUUUUUCCUGCGCUAUUGAGACUGCAAGCGCAAAACAUUUGGUGACAUGGAAGGUGUCAGCUGAAGAGGCAAAUAAACACACUGUGUUAGAGUUAGAGCAACAAAAAACAAAAAACAUCUGAAUAUCAUUAUAAGACACGGCGCAGUGACAAAUAAAAGAGGCCGAUGAAACGUAAUAGACAUUGUAAACCACGGUAAGCUCGAAAAGAAUGUGUUUCAUGGGGUAACGUUUAGCUGCAAAAUGAAGAUAAGUGAAUUAAUCCUCUGCAAUAACAGCAGCCUGCUCAAUUACGCAUAGGACAAACCGUCUGCACGUCCUUUAGAGACGUGUUAAAUAUAGAUGCAUGAGCAAAAUUGCUUUAAAUCUUUGCGUGUGCAAAAUUCAUAUAUUUGCAUUUUCUCCGCUCAAAGUUGCUUGUAAACGCCCCAUAUUCCAUAUUCACUGAGCUAAACGCGCUAACUGGAUGCCGACGUCCUCAUGUUAUAAUUAUUCAUGUUGGUAACAACUAUUUUACCAACUUCGUUCAAAUUUUGACCUGCAUAUUGACGUCCAAAUAGGGUCGUAGUCCGGCGUCCAAAGAGCGGACCUAGUUUGCACGUCCUGUAGACGUCCAGAAUUGGUCGCAAUAUAGACAUGAUCUGCACGUGCGUCAGAUGACUGAUGUUUAGUGGGUGUUUUGCACAUUUGAAAGACCUUUAGCGCAUGCUGUUAGUAAAUCAGUUUGCACACAUUUUUUGUACACGCUUAGCAGAUCUGGCCCUUAGCGUAAUACUUCUCAUGUACUGUACCUGUUGUACCAAUACUAGCAGUUUAUAAACUGUUAUUGCAAUAAAAGAUAUUUUUCUUAAAA